UACAGAAAACGAGACUCGCAGUGCUAAAGGAGUGUAUAUCAACCAGACUUGAUACAAAUAUCGCGGGGUGCAUGUUUGUCGUUUCAACGCAUUCUCUACCUGCUAAUUCGUUAAAACAUAUGUUACGCAUGUUUUAUAAAAGGCCUACCGCAGCAACUGUCUGCGAACUCGGCUAAUCAUACAUGUCAUACGUGUAUGGAGGAGUUAUAACUAACAUUCUAUAUUCCACUGGUAUUAACCAUCGAGCAAUUACAGAGCUCCAUGUAAACUGUGUAGGUGGUCACGAGCUAUCCCGUGCGAUUGCAUUUGCUAUCUGAAUCACAAUUUCCAAGUUCCAAUUAAGAUACCCGAAGGAAGAGAUGAAUGACCAGGACAGCGCCCUCUUAUCAAGGUCCAAGGCUGCAGCUGAAGCUAAGAUAGAAGAGAGUGCUGCAGCCUUGCAUGAACUUAGCAAUGAUAUCUGGACUCAUCCAGAGCUAAAUUAUGAAGAACGCCAUGCCCACGCCAGCCUGACAGACUUUCUCGAAAGGGAAGGCUUCGAGGUAACACGAAACUUCCAUGUGGACACAGCCUUCAAGGCUACAUACGGUACCGAUGGCGGUGCCCAUGUUUGUGUGAUCUGUGAGUACGACGCUCUACCUGAGAUAGACCAUGCCUGUGGACAUCCUCUGAUUGCCGAGUCAGGAGCAGCUGCAGGUUUAGGGAUCAAAGCUGCACUCGAGCUGCCCGAUGCGCCGAAAGGAAGGGUGACGGUCAUGGGUACCCCUGCCGAAGAGGGCGGUGGCGGGAAGAUUAAGUUGAUCAAUGCAGGAGCCUUUCAGGGAAUCGAUGUAGCUAUGAUGGUUCAUCCCUUCCCCCGUAACGUAUCCAGACCGGUCAUUCUGGCACGUACGAUCAUGGACAUAACGUUCACUGGUCGGGCAGCACACGCAUCAUCAUGUCCGUGGGAAGGGGUGAAUGCUUUGGAUGCUGCAAUCUUGUGCUAUGCCAACAUCUCCGCAAUGAGACAGCAACUCAAACCUGAAUGGAGAGUCCAUGGUACCAUUUUGAAAGCCGGCAAUACCCCCAGUAUCAUCCCAGAAGAAUCGCAGAUGACAUUCUACCUAAGAACAGUCGAAAGCCUUGAUAUGCCUACACUUAAAGAAAAGAUCGGUGGGUGUGCAAAAGGGGCGGCGUCAGCCACAGGAUGCAAGGUAGAGUUUUCCUUCGGAGGCGACUACGCCAAUUUAGCCACGAACGAGGCAUUAGCGUCAGUGUACGAGCGUCAGCUCUCUGAUCUCUCCGUCGAUUACGCAGUCAGUGAGGUAACAUUCUCCACGGAUAUGGGGGAUGUUUCUUACGUCGUUCCAAGUAUACAUCCCUUGUAUUACAUCGGCACUGACGCUGCUAACCACUCGAGGGAAUUCAAUACUGCAACUGGAGCUGAUGCAGCUCAGAAACCGACUCUCACCCAGGCCAAGGCCAUGGCGUUCACGUGCCUCGACCUGAUGCAGCCCGGCAACAGGCAUCUUCUAGAUAAAGUAAAGAAGGAAUUCAACGAUAAAGUGAAGCCUCUAAAUGUUGCUCAAAGCUAAGCUUAGGCCUAACUUGGUUGGUCACCAGGACCUGUCUGCCGUGCUAACCCUUCACUCACUCAGGUUCGGUGGUCUGAAUACAGAACCGACAACGAAUUAUGUACCGAAGGCAGAAAUUGAAACCACAAGUUUUAAAUGUCCUCGCUAGUCAUUUGUGGAGACCUAUUUUUAAAUAGUUGAUCAAACUUUCAAUCAGGGUCUAUGCCUUCAUGCAGACUAGCGUCUAGUAUGUAAUUAUCAUGAUUAAAUACCGUCACAAACUAGUUGAUACAUGAUACACAUGAACAUUAACCACUCCAUUUGCAAUGAUGAAAGUUACAUUUUUAUGU